GCGCGGCUCGGUCAGUGUUCUGCGCUGGACUGACGUGCGCGGGUAGGUCGUCGCCGCGGAUGGCGAGGGACCUCAUCGGGCCGGCACUGCCGCCUGGCUUCAAGACCCACGGCUCGGCGGAGGACGAGGAGCGGGACCCGAGCCCCGUUGCAGGGCCAGCUCUGCCCCCUAACUAUAAAAGCAGUAGUUCUGAUUCAUCAGACAGCGACGAAGACAGUAGUUCUUUGUCUGGAGAAGGGAGUCAAGAAUCUGAGGAUGACACUGGUCCAACUGCAAGGAAGCAAAGAAGAAAUAAAGAGAGUGAUGACGAUGAUGAUGAUGGGUUUUUUGGGCCAGCCCUUCCUCCUGGAUUUAAAAAGCAGGAUGAUUCUCCUCCAAGGCCUAUAAUAGGUCCUGCAUUACCACCUGGUUUCAUUAAAUCUACACAGAAAAAUGACAAAGGCAGAGAGAACCCAGGACGACUGUCAUCACAUUUCAACUCUGAGGAAACAGAUAGCAGUGAAGAUGAAAAUAUUGUUGGACCGAUGCCUCCAAAGGGACCCAUUAACUACAGUGUAACAGCAGAGUUUGAAAAAAGGGCCCAGAGAAUGAAGGAAAAACUGACCAAAGGAGAUGAUGAUUCAUCAAAGCCAAUUACGAGAGAGUCCUGGAUGACUGAGCUUCCUCCAGAAAUGAAAGACUUUGGUCUUGGGCCAAGAACCUUUAAGAGAAGAGCUGACGACAGAGGCGGAGAUCGCUCUGUCUGGACAGACACCCCAGCUGACAGGGAAAGGAAAGCCAAGGAAAUACAAGAAGCAAAGAAGUCACUCAACGAAAAGGAUGAAGACUAUGUACUGUCAGGAAGAGACAGGAGAUUGGCAGAGCAAGUAUCCUUAUACAAUGAAUCAAAGCGAUCAGAAUCACUUAUGGACAUUCAUCAUAAGAAGUUAAAGAACAAGGCCGCUGAAGAUAAAAGUAAGCCCCAUGAGAGAAUGCCAUUUGACCGUGAUAAAGAUCUCAAGGUAAACCGGUUUGAUGAAGCUCAGAAAAAAGCCCUCAUUAAGAAAUCCAGAGAACUCAACACCCGAUUUGCACAUGGCAAAGGCAAUAUGUUCUUAUAAGUAAGUACAUUCCAGUGAGUUACACUCAUGCUGAUCAGACUGGACCUUUCUGAUACUCUAUCUGUCAUAAUUAUGUACUCAAAUAUAUUUCCUCUUACAAUAAAGUAGAUUAAAAAGCUA